CCCUGAGGGCUUUGCCCCCAGGUGGACCCUGGUCAGCUGACGGAGGAGCUGGGCCUGGCCUGGGGUGACGGUGGCCUUGCUUCCCAGGAUGGACCGCGGACGGCGGCCUUCACGCUGGGCCUGGUCCCUGCUGGCUGUGGCACUCGUGGCUGGGGGCGUGGCGUCCACUGGGGCCACGGACAACAACCCCGUGUCCAACAGCCUGGAGGCGGGCGCGGACGCCACUGCCUCCUGGUGGGGGGAGUGGACCAAGUGGACAGCGUGUUCCCGCAGCUGUGGGACCGGGGUGACGUCCCGGGAGCGGCACUGCCUCCAGUGCCGUGUACAGGAGUGUCCGCCGGACGGGAGGAGCUUCCGGGAGGAGCAGUGUAUCUCCUUCAACUCGCACGUGUACAACGGGCGGACGCACCAGUGGAAGCCUCUGUACCCCGAUGACUACGUGCACAUCUCCAGCAAGCCCUGCGACCUGCACUGCACCACCGUGGACGGCCAGCGGCAGCUCAUGGUGCCCGCCCGAGACGGCACGUCCUGCAAGCUCGCCGACCUGCGCGGGGUCUGCGUGUCUGGAAAAUCCCCAGGCUACUCCCUGGUGACCCACAUCCCGGCCGGCGCCCGCGACAUCCAGAUCGUGGAGCGGAAGAAGUCCGCCGACGUCCUGGCCCUCGCCGAUGAAGCCGGCAACUACUUCUUCAACGGCAACUUCAAGGUGGACAGCCCCAAGAACUUCAACAUCGCCGGCACCGUGGUCAAGUACCGGCGGCCCAUGGACAUCUACGAGACCGGCAUCGAGUACAUCGUGGCCCAGGGGCCCACCAACCAGGGCCUGAACGUCAUGGUGUGGAACCAGAACGGCAAAAGCCCCUCCAUCACCUUCGAGUACACGCUGCAGCAUCCACAGCACGACCACCGCCUGCGGCCCCUCUACUACAGCUUCCCCGGCUCCGAGAGCGCCGAGAGCCAGGAGCUGGACGGCCCGGGGCUGCUGGGCUUCCUGCAGCACAACGGCUCCCGCAUCCCUCCAGGCUCUGCCUGCUCCUCGGAGACUGCCUCGGUGCCCUCCUCUUCCUGCAAGGACGGCAGUCAUUGGAUGGAGGCCCCAUCCUACAUCUGGGCCACCAUCUCCCUUGCAGAUGGCAACGUCACGAGGGUGCCUCCCCCAGCGGACAAGGAUGACCAAGAGGCCGACGCCCACCUUCCCUCCCCGGAGUUCAUCCCGGCCUUCAUCAUCCUGGCCCCAGGCUCCGACUCCAAGGACCUCAACUUCAACGAGACGGUCCCUAGAAUCUUCGGGCAGGGCCUGCCCCGGAGAGCCCCGGCCGAGGGCCUCUAUGUGGACUACGACGAGAGCGAGGGGCCCGGCGCUUACCUGCUCAACGGGUCCUACCUGGAGCUGAGCAGUGACCGAGUGACCAACAGCUCCUCCGAGGUCCCCUUCCCCAACGGGAGCGCCAGCCUCCCCGCCUCGGCCGGGAACAGGACGCACAAGGCCAGGACCAGGCCCAAGGCCCGCAAGCAAGGUGUGAGCCCGGCGGACAUGUACCGGUGGAAGCUCUCGUCGCACGAACCCUGCAGCGCCACCUGCACCACAGGGGUCAUGUCCACCUACGCCACGUGCCUGCGCUACGACGGCAUCCAGGUGGAGGACAACUACUGCGACGCCCUGACCCGCCCGGAGCCGGUCCAGGAUUUCUGUGCUGGGAGGGAGUGCCAGCCCAGGUACUGCCCCAGAGCCCCCGCAGGGUGUGUGUUGGGGUGGGGGCCGGGCUCUGCCCAGAGGAGCCAAGGAGUCCGAAUCCUGCUCCUUCCAGGGGGCUCUGUGGGCGGGGCGGCGGGGAGGGGCCGCACUGACCUGCCUGCCAGAGUCCCUCUGCGUCCGCAGUCUCCUCUGUCACUGCGCUUUGCACACAGUAGGUGCUCAGUCAGUGCCUGUCUCGGCAGCUGGAGAAACCUUUCUGAAGGUUACUUGCCCCACGGUGACACCUGCCCGGGCUUCCUGGUGCCCCUGGGGCUUUAUGAGCCCGGAGGGAUUAUACCCAUGACCACCGGAGCCGCCCCGGGCCGUGUUCUGGCCUCUGACCCCCGGCCUCUGACCCCGUCUAUUCCCUGGCCUCAGUGCAACACCACCUGCGGCCGAGGUGUGAAGAAGAGGCUGGUCCUGUGCAUGGAGCUGACCAAUGGGAAGCUGCAGAUACGCAGCGACCCCGAGUGCGGGCUGGCCACCAAGCCGCCCGAGGAGAGCAUGUGCUUCGAGAGGCCCUGCUUCAAGUGGUACACCAGCCCGUGGUCUGAGUGCACCAAGACCUGCGGGAUGGGCGUGCGGAUGCGCGACGUGAAGUGCUACCAGGGGACUGACAUCGUCCGAGGCUGCGACCCGCUGGUGAAGCCCGUGGGCAGACUGGCCUGUGACCUGCAGCCCUGCCCCACGGAGCCCCCAGAUGACAGCUGCCAGGACCAGCCAGGCACCAACUGUGCCCUGGCCAUCAAGGUGAACCUGUGCGGCCACUGGUACUACAGCAAGGCGUGCUGCCGCUCCUGCCGGCCCCCCCACUCCUAG